UCAGAUCGUGUCGAGCUGCAGAGUUUCCUGGUUGAACCGAGAGAAGAGACAGAAACCUCCUCCUGCUCCUCCUGCUCCUCCUGCUCCUCCUGCUCCUCCUGCAGACUCACUGAGACAGAAACAGAAACAUGGCGUCCAAGGAGCUCGCUCUGCUGAGUGUGUCUGAUAAAAGCGGGCUGGUGGGCUUCGCCAGCAGGCUGGUGGGGGUCGGCCUGGACCUGGUGGCCUCCGGGGGCACAGCCCGAGCCCUGCGGGACGCCGGACUGCCUGUCAGGGAUGUGUCCGAGCUGACCGGACACCCGGAGAUGCUGGGGGGCCGGGUGAAGACCCUGCACCCCGCCGUGCAUGGAGGCAUCCUGGCCAGGAGGAGCCCCGGAGACGCUGCAGACAUGCAGCAGCUGGGCUACAGCCUGGUCAGAGUGGUGGUUUGCAACCUGUACCCGUUUGUGAAGACGGUGUCGGAGCCGACGGUUGCCGUGGAAGACGCUGUGGAGCAGAUCGACAUCGGUGGCGUGACUCUGCUGAGAGCGGCGGCCAAGAAUCACGCUCGGGUCACGAUCGUCUGUAACCCUGGCGACUACGGGCUGGUUGCCACGGAGAUGGAGAGUUCAGCUGACAGAGAUACGAGCCUGGACACCCGCAGGACGCUCGCCCUCAAAGCCUUCACGCACACGGCGCAGUACGACGACGCCAUAUCCGACUUCUUCCGCGGCCAGUACAGCCGCGGCGUUUCCCAGCUGCCGCUGCGCUACGGCAUGAACCCGCACCAAGCACCUGCACAGCUCUACACGCUGCGCCCGGCCCUCCCCCUCACAGUGGUCAACGGUUCCCCCGGCUUCAUCAACCUGUGUGACGCUCUGAACGCCUGGCAGCUGGUCCGAGAGCUGCGGAACGCCCUCGGCACGCCGGCCGCCGCCUCCUUCAAGCACGUCAGCCCUGCUGGUGCUGCCGUGGGCGUCCCUCUGACCGAACAGGAAGCUCAGGUGUGCAUGGUGCAUGACCUGCUGCAGGACCUCUCGCCGCUGGCCACGGCCUACGCCAGAGCCCGGGGCUCCGACAGGAUGUCUUCUUUUGGAGACUUUAUCGCUGUGUCUGAUGUGUGUGACGUUCCCACCGCCAAGAUCAUAUCAAGAGAGGUGUCCGACGGCAUCAUCGCUCCUGGUUACGACCCGGAGGCGCUCAAGAUCCUCUCCAAAAAGAAGAAUGGCAACUACUGCGUGCUCCAGAUGGAUCCAGACUACGAGCCUGAGGAGGCCGAGGUCCGAGUGCUGUUUGGCCUCUACCUCAAGCAGAAGAGGAAUGGAGCGAUGAUCAACAAGGACUUCUUCAGCAAUGUUGUCUCCAAGGGCUCGCUCUCAGAGGAAGCGGUGCGGGACCUCACAGUGGCCACCAUCGCUGUCAAGUACACUCAGUCCAACUCCGUCUGCUACGCUAAAGAUGGACAGGUGGUGGGUAUCGGAGCGGGGCAGCAGUCCCGUAUCCACUGCACUCGCCUGGCAGGCGACAAAGCUGAUAACUGGUGGCUGAGGCACCACCCUCGCGUCCUCAACAUGAAGUUUCGUAGUGGGGUGAAGCGAGCGGAGAUGGCCAACGCCAUUGACCAGUAUGUCAGCGGAACCAUUGGAGAGGGCCCAGACCUGGAGGUGUGGAGGUCCAUGUAUGAGGAGGUGCCGGAGCUUCUGUCAGAGCCGGAGAAGAAGGAGUGGAUCAGCUCCCUGCAGGCCGUGGCCGUCAGCUCCGACGCCUUCUUCCCCUUCAGAGACAACAUCGAUCGAGCCAAGCGGAGCGGCGUGGAGUACAUCGCCGCCCCGGCGGGCUCUGCUGCUGACCAGGUGGUGAUUAAUGCCUGUAACGAGCAGGGCAUCGCCCUGGUGCACACCAACCUGCGUCUCUUCCACCACUGAGCCUCCUGAUCUCCAGGUGUUCCCUGAACUCACCUCACAGUUCUGCAUUAGUAGAGUUUAACUCUUUCUGUUGUUGCUGAUACUCAAAACAUUCCUGUUCUCGUCCUGCUGACGUUUAGAGACACUAACUACAUUCCUGACUGAUGAUUUAACUUUAGAGACACACAGGAACUGUUUACACUAGGUCAGUCACAUCUCACUGUGGAAUAAACUGUUACUGACAGCUCAUCA